GAGCGAGUGUGGAAGACGUGAAGAGGCGGAGGAGAUCUGAGGGAGCCCUGGGGAAUGGAAAGGGAGUUUUGAGGGAGGCCUGAGGGGAGUGUUUAAAUUUUGGUUCUUUCUCCCUUGCUCUUCUCUUCCACUGACUACACCUGUACAUCAAGACUCUGAACAGGGCUGAGGAAAGCGUUUUGUUGUGAGGAAAAGUAACUCCAGAUGGCUGGGUCAGGAAGAGGAAGAGGACGCUCUGCAUUUACCUUCAAUAUUGAGGCCAUUGGCUUUGCUAAAGGUGCAGCUCUACCUGAUGACACAUGUGAGCCUCCACCAAUAUUUCCUAGCACAGAAAACAAGGCAGUGCCUCUGAAAGCAGGAGAAGCUGAAGGUUACAUGUUGGCCUUAAAACAAGAUUUUAGAGCAACUAUGAAAAGAAUGCCAUAUUUUUUGGCAGCAGAAGAGGAACGUGAAGUAAUUGAGAGGUACAGUAAAAAGUACCAGAACAGUGAAAAGAAGCAUGCAACAUGGACCGCAGAUUGGAGAAGACUCCCAAGAGAGUUAAAGCCAAAGGAAAAGACAAAAAAAGCAGGUGGCAAACCAAAGAAGGCAACCAGGUGCAAUCAUAAAAGUAAUCUGGAUGUCUUGAAAAAAAUUGAGGAGUUGGAAAAGAAGGAUGAUGAAGAAGAAAAAUCUGAAGAUGAGAAAGAUGAAACUAAAGACAAAAAAGGUGAAGAUGGUGAAGAAGAUGGUGAAGAAGAUGAAGAAGCAGAGAAGUCAGCAGAAUCUGAUGAGGAGAAUGAAGAGGAAAAUGAUUACAUUGCUUCAUACUUUGAAGAUGGAGAUGACUUUGGUGCUAGCAGUGAUGACAACAUGGAUGAAGCAACAUACUAGCCACUUUUGCUAGUCAUGCCUUACACUACUUGAAAUAAGAGUUCCAGAAGUAGACUGAAUAUCUACAAAAAUAAGUAUUUAGUAUGUAUGUAUACCCUCCACAGAGAGGCUGGACAAUCACUCUUAACUGCACUAUGCUGUAAAACAGGAUGUGGGAUCCUUUGUUCUGUUCUUUUGCCAAGUGUUUUGUAGAUAUACACAUUUAAGGUUCUUUGGAGUGCCUACUGAUGGAGUAAGCUGCAAGCCGUUGCACUGCCUCUGCAGUGAAAAAGAAUGUAUAACAGAAAUUGUGCCUAAGCACUUACACUAGUUGAUUCUAUGCUUUAGUUGUCAGAUCUUGGAAAUCACAGUGACAUUCUUUGUGACUGUGGCUGAAGAGACAUGGCCUUUACUGACACGAGCUGCUCAUGUUUAGCAGCUGCCUUCCCUGAAGGGAUUUAUCUAACAUCUAAAUUCAGGUGAAUGAAAAUAAUCAACAACUAAGCACUUUAAUAUAAACUGACUUGAAAGGACUUUAAUUAGUACAACAGCAAAACAUUUUCGAACAGUUGCUAUUCUAUUUUUUUUAAAAAAAAUCAUUAUUUGCAGCACAUUGAUAAAAAGGACCACUAACAUUUAACAAUGUGUUAUGUCACCGUUAUGAAUCAGCAUGGGAAAUUCAUUAGAAAGAAAGUAUGGUGGAAUUAGUACUCAGAAAUGAUGGAAUCCUAGUUUUCACCAGUGGCACACAGAUCAGACAAGAAUUUCAGUCCUUCAAUUUAGUUUCUCCACGUUUUAAGGUGAUGCUAACUUUGUAAUGGUUGGACUUGAUGACCUUAAAAGUCUCUUCCAAGCAAAACGAUUCUGUGAUUCUCAAGGUCAUAUUGUACCUUUGAUGGUACAAAAUAUAGUCAAUGUUGCUAUAUUGCUAUUGGUUUCAUUCUCUUUUUUUCCACUUUAAGACAUUCUGUUCUUGAUAACUAAUGAUAUUAUCAAUUCUAAUGAAAUAACAUGGACAACAAAGCCAAUUAUUUUAUCAGCAAAGGAAAGAACAGAAGCUUUCCUUGCAAGUUUGGCAUUCUGUCGAGCAGCACUUACCUCACUGGUGGCUGAAGAACAGUACUACAUUAUCCUCUGGACCUCUUGUAUACAAGAACUUGUUCUGAAGGUGUAGCUUUCAAGCGUUCUGAUCAAAUACACAGAAGAUGUACAAGAAAUCAAACUAAAAUGCCAUGCCAGUCACACACAUCUGAAGUAUACUCAUUUUAUUUCUAAGUGUUCAUACUAAUACAGAUAAUGUUUAGUAAAUACUAUCUUGCACUGCAAAGGAAAUGUAUCCUGCAUGUUGAUUUUAACAUCACACAAACCCACAGUUGUUUUGUGAAUAGGUGCGCCUGUUUCUUGCAGUGACAGACAGGAGAGAGGCAACCGCUGAAUAUUCUAUUUGCUUGCCUCAUGUAACUACUAUGACUUCUACUAGCUGUUUCUCCCCUCUACAAACUGAACAGGGGUACCCCUUGCCUCUCACAGAAGGAAUGCAAACAGACAACUUUUGCCAGAGAGGAACUAAAGGAUUAACACUAGAAAAGCCUAAAACUGCACAAGUUAUGCUUUGGUCAUAAGCUGUGGCUUGCUUCAGCAGAUACAGGACUGGCUAUGUCUGAGAGAGUAAUUAUUGAGGGCCGACGACUUUCUUCAUUCCUCAUACUGCUGACAGGAGAGAACUGCCUCCCUCCUGCAUCCUCUUACUUUGGCAGAAAUUAGGAAUCAAACCUGUCCAAGGUGAGCUGUGUUCACCUCUAUCCUCUAGUGGGAAUCAUCUUUAAAUGGACUUUUUGGGGACUAGUUUAACAAGGGCAAGUAAAGCCAAUGAUUUUGAGCACACCAAGUUCUGCAAUGGUGUCCUGGAUAGCCCUAAAUUCCUCUCCCUCUGUGGUUUGGAGAA